AUGCGGCACUGCAUAUCUGGCGCGGGACGAGCCGCAGCUGCCACGCCGCGAGAUAAAAUGCGACAAGUGCAUUAUUACGAUCCACCACAGAAUGCUGAGCGCCAACACUCGCAAGCACGUGUAAAUUUUCAAUGUGAGAACAUGCUAGAUAAGAAUACGGGCGUGGGCGCACGGAAAAUUCACGGCGGCGCGGCGCCGAGAGAUUCGCCGAUGGCACUACUGCCACGAGCUCACCUCACGCGCCGUCGCAUAUUUUUUAUGUAA